GUGUGUGUGAGAGAGAGAGAGAGAGAGAGAGAGGAUGAGUGGGGAUCUGGAGGAGUGCAUCAGGACUGUUUUUGAGGAACAUCUAAAAGAGAAUGUUAGUGUGCAGGAGGAAAAUGUGUGUUCAGGAGUCACACGCCUGCUGGAGAAACGCAGACACAUGAAACAUGUGGACGGUGUGUUGAGGACACAGAGACAGGAGUUUGAGGUAAAGAGACAGAGUGUGAGACAGAGAAGAGAGGAGCUGAAGAAGAAAGAAGAAAAUCUUAAAGACUCUUUACUCAAAUUCGACAAAUUUCUCAAAGAGAACGAUGCUAAGCGAGCGAGAGGUGUGAGGAAGGCAGAGUCAGAGCGAGCCGUGCUGAGAGAACGAGAGCGAGAGUUGGAGCGGUUACACACAGACAUCGCCGCCCUGCUGGUGAAAAAGGAGAAACUGGAGGAAAGAGUCGAGCGCUUCAAAGUUUACAGCGAGUUCUUACACACCGUCAUGAAGACGGGGACAAAGUUCGAGGAUGUGGGGCAGCUGGUGUCGCGCUUCGAGACAUUAAUGUCGACACGAGAGCAGCUGCUGAGACGACAGAGCGAGAUGGAGAGACAGCGAGAGAGAGACAGGUUGGAGCUGAGACGCUACGUGAGCGAGCAGAACUCCGUCUUACUGCAACACAGCAACACCCUGUCACAGCUACAGACCGAGCUCGACAACGCCCUGUCUUACACACUCACACAGGAGUCGUCGUGGACGCACACGCAGGCGGCGGCAGUGACAGACACUCAUCAGCUGAGUCAGAUAAAGGUCGCGACCCUCAACCUUUAUCACAUGACCGGGGGCAUCACGGGCGGAGACGAGGGUGUUGAUGUGGACGACACUGAGGAACAGCUGGACCGGGUUCAGGUGUUUAUGGCUGAUCGGGCCGAGCUGGUCUCACAUCUGAGAUCAGACAGGAGCAGCAGAUCAUCCAGGCUGAGUGACGCAGUGUGAACACACACACACACACUCCACUAUUACAAUCUGUCUGUUUAGACAA